AUGCUAACGCUUCCGAAGGUUAAAGAACCAGGUGCCCCGAAGCCCGCCGCAAUCGCGCUUCUCGUGAGGAUACUGACGACCCAGCCCACUCACUAUCCCCUUGCUCAAGCUCUCGACUUUCAACAUUUGGGGCAUUUAGCAAGCAUAUGUCACAGGAUUAAACCACGUGUUACGGAGGCAUCUCGAGGUUGA